AUGCCUUCACCUUCAGAUAUCGCGACCCGUGCCUUCAUCGUGACCCUCAAAGCUCCUUGCAGCGGUAAGUCGUCUGCUGAAGUAGCGACUUUAUCAGGGCAAUCGAUCCGCCAAGUUGAUCGAAUAUAUGCUCGUGCGAUCAAGAGAGGAUUUGAUCCACACAGCCUGCCUGUGGUUUUGAAGAAUGAACAUCUCGAAGAUGCUCCUCGCAGCGGGCGUCCGUUGAAGGCGACGGAGGAAGCUAAAAAGCUAGCUAUUAGCAAGGUACAAACGGACCGCUUUGGUAGGGAAAAGACCUGUGCUGAUAUCGCCGGCGACCUCUCGGCAAUAGGACUAGAGGUCUCUGCAUCGACGGUCUAUCGGAUGCUCGUCUCAGAAGGAUUUCGGAAGACAAAACCAACGAGGAAGCCCGGACUGACGCAGCGGAUGAGGGAAGAACGGCUGGCUUGGUGUCUUGCUCGCCAAGACUGGACCCUAGAGGACUGGAAGUCAGUGAUUUGGUCAGAUGAAACCUCUGUGAUUCUUCUGCAUAGGCGGGGAAGUUACCGUGUGUGGCGGAGGCCUGACGAGCGUUUUCUCCGUAGCUGUAUUCGUGAGAGAUGGAAAGGAUCCAUGGAGUUUAUGUUCUGGGCGGCGUUUUCGUACGAUAAGAAAGGUCCUUGUCAUUGCUGGUCUCCAGAGACCAAGAAGGAAAAGGCCGACUCGAUCGUUAUCAUCGAUGCCCUCAAUAAGCAGCUAGAACCGGAGAAGAAGUCAGCUUGGGAGCUAGAAACAGCGAUGCGGCGCGUAGGCUUACGAAAUAAGCCGGGUCAGAAGCCAAGGUGGCAGUGGAAUGAGAGUACCGGCAAGCUCGUGAGGAAGGAAGGAAAAGGCGGUAUUGACUGGUGGCGAUAUCAGCAGAAGGUUCUUAUUCCAAAAUUGCUUCCUUUUGCACAGGCCUGUGAGGAAGAAAGGCCGGGCACAGUUGUACAGGAAGACAAGGCGCCGUCACACGCACAUCACGCACAACAGCGGGUGUUUGAUCUCGCCGGCGUACAGCGACUUCUUUGGUGUGGAAAUAGCCCGGAUUUGAACGCGAUAGAGGCGGCUUGGCCAUAUCUGAAGAGGAUAACAACGAAAAAAGGCGCCCCGGGCAGCCGGGCUGAAGCUAUUCGCAGGUGGGAGGCUGCGUGGUCGGCGUUGCCGCAAGAGAAAAUCAGGGCUUGGAUUGAGAGGAUACCCCGGCACGUUAGAAAAAUCAUUGAACUAGAAGGGGGGAAUGAGUACCUCGAAGGCAGGGAUUAA